CGCCCACUGCGGAGAAUCAGAGAUGGGGACCUCCCUGGACAUCAAGAUUAAAAGAGCGAACAAGGUUUAUCACGCCGGGGAGAUGCUCUCUGGUGUGGUGGUCAUAACUAGUAAGGAUUCAGUCCAGCACCAGGGAGUUUCUUUAACAAUGGAAGGAACUGUAAACCUCCAGCUCAGUGCCAAAAGUGUGGGUGUGUUUGAAGCUUUUUAUAAUUCUGUUAAGCCUCAGAAGGGGAAACUGACUCCAAGUCCUGUGGACUUCACAAUCACCCCUGAAACCUUGCAGAAUGUCAAAGAGAGAGCCUUGCUGCCCAAGUUUCUUAUUAGAGGACAUCUCAACUCAACUAACUGUGUUAUCACACAGCCACUGACAGGAGAGCUGGUGGUUGAGCACUCAGACGCAGCCAUCAAGAGCAUAGAGCUGCAGCUGGUCCGUGUGGAGACCUGUGGGUGUGCAGAAGGGUAUGCACGAGACGCCACAGAGAUUCAGAAUAUCCAGAUUGCUGAUGGGGACGUUUGCCGGAGUCUCUCUGUUCCUAUACACAUGGUUUUCCCCAGGCUGUUCACUUGCCCAACACUGGAGACCACCAACUUCAAAGUGGAAUUUGAGGUCAACAUUGUUGUGCUCCUUCAUGCUGAUCAUCUCAUCACGGAGAAUUUCCCACUGAAGCUCUGCAGGAUAUAG